CCAUUUCGUGAUAGUCUGCAUCUAGGCAGACUGGAUACGCCUGGGGAUAUUUCUUUACUCUACAGUGACUUUAAUUUUGAUUUUGACACUUUAAUACCAGAACUUGACCUUCUCUUCAAUAGGGAUGUAAUUACCGGUACUUUCUUUUCUUCCCUAGAGUUGGACAAUGGACAAGACAAUAUACAACCACAUAUAACAGCAUGCAGUGGAGAGAAGACACAUCUGUGUUUACAUUGCAGUAAGACAUUGACAGAUGAGAACACUCUUAUACUACAUCCAAAAAAACACCAGGUCGACUAUGAGCUUACUAGCCACCUUAGAACACAAACUGGAGAGAAAACUUUCAAGUGUUCCCAGUGUGAUGAGCGUUUUCCCCAUAAAAGUUCCCUCAUUAGACAUUUAAGAACACACAGCCUCAACAAAAAGCCUCAACGAUGUUCCCAUUGUGAUAAGACGUUUUAUCAAAAGAAUGAGCUUACUAGCCACCUUAGAACACAUACACGAGAGAAACCAUUUAAGUGUUCCCAGUGUGAUAAGGUUUUUACUUGCCAAAGUAAUCUAGGAAAGCAUCUAAGGACGCAUACAGGAGAAAAGCCUUUUCACUGUUCCUAUUGUGAAAAGUUUUUUUCUCAAAGAAGUACCCUUAUUAGACACCUUAGAAAACAUACAGGAGAGACACCCUUUAAGUGUUCCCAGUGUGAUAAGGUUUUUACUUGCCAAAGUUAUCUUACUACCCAUUUAAGAACACACAGUGGAGAAAAGCCGUAUCGAUGUCCCAAUUGUGAUAAAGGAUUUUCUGAAAACAAGAAUCUUACACGUCACCUUAGGACACAUACAGGAGAGAAACCAUUUAAGUGUUCUCAGUGUGAUACAGGUUUUGCCGAAAGAGGUACCCUUAUUAGACAUUUAACAACACACAGUGGAGAAAAGCCUCAUCAAUGUUCCCAGUGUGAUAAGGUUUUUACUUGUCAAAGUUAUCUUACUACCCAUUUAAGAACACACAGUGGAGAAAAGCCUUAUCGAUGUCCCAAUUGUGAUAAAAGAUUUCGUGAUAAGACUACUUUUACUAACCACCUUAGAACACAUACAGGAGAGAAACCAUUUAAGUGUUCUCAGUGCGAUAAGACAUUUUCUCGAAAGACUUUUCUUACUAGCCACCUUAGAACACAUACAGGAGAGAAACCCUUUAAGUGUCCCCAUUGUGAUAAGACAUUUUCUCGAAAGACUAUUCUUACUAACCACCUUAGAACACAUACAGGAGAGAAACCAUUUAAGUGUUCUCAGUGUGAUAAGGGGUUUUCUGUAAAGACUAAUCUUACUGCCCACCUUAGAACACAUACAGGAGAGAAACCCUUUAAGUGUCCCCAUUGUGAUAAGACAUUUUCUCGAAAGACUAUUCUUACUAACCACCUUAGAAUACAUACAGGGGAGAAACCCUUUAAAUGUUCCUAGUGUGAUGAGGGUUUUCCCUAUAAAAGUACCCUUAUUAGACAUUUAAGAACACACAGCCUCGAUGAAGAGCCUCAUCGAUGCUACCAUUGUGAUAAGAGAUUUUCUCAACAAAGUACUCUUACAUGUACCUCUCAUGUAAGGACAUACAGGAGAAAAGCCUUAUCGAUGUUCUAAGUGUGAUAAGGGUUUUUCUCAAUAGGCUAGGCUUACUAACCACCUUAGAACACAUACAGGAGAGAAACCCUUUAAGCAUUCCAAUUUGUGAUACAAGUUUUUCUCCAAGAAGUACCCUUAUUCGACAUUUAAGAACACACAGUGGAGAAAAGCCUUAUCGAUGUUACCAUUACGAUACCAGUUUUUCUCAACAAGGUGAUCUUAAUCGUCAUUUUAGGACACAUACACGUACUAGAAAAAAAGAAGAAAAUGUUUCGAUUGUAAUAUGAGAUUUUCUAUCAAUUGGAAGUUAUUAGCCAGCUUAGAUAUAUUACAGGUGGGAAACCCUUUAAUUAAUCCGUUUGCGAUACAGGUUUUUCUGAACGAGGUCAUCUAAUUUGUCAUGUUAGACACACACACAAGAGAACAACCUUAUAAAUGUCGUGAUUGUAAUAAGAGAUUUCUUUUUUUAUAAAAGGAUGUUACUAGCCACUGUAGAACACAUACAGGAGAGCAACUCUUCAAGCGUUUCUUAUAAAAAAAGGAAUUUUCUGAUAAAUGUGAGCUCACAAGGCAUAUAAGAACAUAAAUGUUAAGAUUGUAUUAAGAGAUUUUCUUUUAACAGUAAUCUUAAUAGUUACUGGAGAAAAGCCAUUUAAAUGUUUACUUUGUUCUAAAAAGGGAUUUUAUCGUUUAUACAGUUCAUGAUCUUGCUAAUUGACCAAUAACACACACAGUAAAAAUGCGACAUAAAUAUUAUCAUUAGAACAGAUGGACAGAUUACUAACAAACUCAUGACAUGCGUGUAUAUUGCAGAGCCAAUGAACUGAUUAGAUUUAAGGGUCAUGAGGUCAAAGAUCAAAGGGUCAUACAUAUAUAUGAAAAAGAGCUUGAGUCACGAUAUUCUGAGAACCUGUUAAUGUAUUACAAUCAAACUUGAAUAUUUUAAAUUGCUUCUGUUUUGGUUUGUAAAUCGCUCUAUUGCCCAGGGGGGAGUCGAGGUGAGGAGCCCCUGGAAGCUCAGGGGUUUUAGGCAUUUAAUUAUUAUGGUCAGAAAAGCGUAUUUAGAUACCUUAUUUGUGACACUGGCAGGUCACUGCCAGGGGGCUGAGCCCCUUGAAGCUCAGGUUUUUUUAAAGCAUUUAAUUAUAGUCAGAUGACCAAUUGAGGGGCCCGUCUUAGGGCCCCUGGUGGGGUCUGAAGGCCUGGCUGUAAAUUUUGGAUUUUGAUAUUUUCCAACAAACGCACUUACCAAGGAAAUUGAGAAAAAAAUCCCAGAAAAUCGUGUCAUUUCAGCAACAUUUGUAAAUCUCUAGAGGUAUCGAAUGAGAAAUAAACCUUGUUUGAAUAUUAUUUGGGGGGGGGGGGGGAGGGGGCAACUGCCCAAAACCCCACCCCAACCCGUCAGUAUGCCAGUGUUGAGGGGAUCAUGUCUUCUCAUCCAUAUAAUAAAAAAAACACACGCUUUCCCAUUCCUCUCACAAUAUUUCCACGAUAUGCGCCUAUUGCUAUUAUCAAAUCCUUCAUUGGUAAAUAUAUGGGCAUGCAGAAUAUUUAGGAAAUUCAAUUUCUGUUUACUCUCCUUUUCUUUGGAUAGAAUAUAAUUUUUGUUGUGAUUCAAUUUUUAUUGUAUUUUUGGUUAAAAAAUACAUACCAUCUUCACUCCUUUACCGGUGAUUUGUUUUUUGUGGGGCGAAAAUGCGUUUUACCCCACCCCC